AACAUUCAAUAAGUUUUUUCUGAUAUUGAUUUUAUACUUUCAACAAAGAUUCAUGCUUGAUUCCUAAAGAUUUAAUUAUUAAUACUUUGUAAAACUACAAGAUUUAUAAUAUUCUGACUUUUUCAGAGUGUAAAAUGGGCAACGGACAAUUUGUUGUCAAAUCUGAAAAUGGCGGGAAAUCUUACGCAGAUAAAACAACCACUGAUCACCACACAAUUGCGGGAAUUAUUACUUCUAAUAUCGAGAAGAUUACUCUAAAGACAGAUAAAACUACUCCUGUGAUAGAGAAGACUACUCCUGUUAUAGAGAAGACUAUGAUGAAAAUAGAAAAGACUACUCCUAAGAUCGAGAAAAUUACUCCAAUCAUCGAGAAAACUACUCCUGAGAUCGAGAAGAUUACUCCUGCAAAAGAAAAGACUCCUCCCUUCAUAGAGAAGAUGACUCCUGGCAUAGAGAAGAUUAUUCCCAAAGUAGAGAAGAUAACUCCUACGAUUCAGAAGACUUCUUCUAAAGUAAGAAACACUCCUGUUAUUGAGAAGACUACUUCUGACAGAGAGACUACUCCUGUCAUAGAGAAAGUAGAGAAGAUAACUCCUUCGAUUCAGAAGACUUCUUCUAAAGUAAGAAACACUCCUGUUAUUGAGAAGACUACUUCUGACAGAGAGACUACUCCUGCCAUAGAGAAGUCUACCCCUGAAGUAAAAAAGACUACAGGAUUGAAAUCUUUGAAGGAAGUAAUUGCAGUUCUUUUCUUUCUUUCUGUCUUCCUGGUGGUUGGACCUGCAGCUCUCAUUAUACUUUUCUAUGUACCAUUUGUAACUGGGAACUGGUAUUUGACCCUGAUCUACUGUAUCUACUGGCUCUGGGAUCUCAGGAUCUGUGCAAAAGGUGGACGGCCUGAUUGGUAUGUGUACAGUAUGAGGAAUUGGAGCAUUUGGAGUUAUUUUAUUUCUUAUUUUCCCAUUAAACUCAUCAAAACAGCUGAUAUCCCACCUAACAAGAAUUAUAUCUUCUGUUCUCAUCCUCAUGGUGUUCUUUGUUUUGGUAUAUUUGGAGCUAUGGGUACUGAGGGAGCAGGUUUCUCUGCCUUAUUUCCCGGAAUCCGUCCUAGACUCUUAUCUUUAGAAGGAAAUUUUUGGAUGCCAGCAUUCAGGGAACUGUUCAUGGGUUCUGGAGCUUGUGCCUCAUCCAAGAAGUCCUUGAAGCAUCUUCUCUCUAGUACUCGGGUUGGAACCGCCCCUGUGCUGGUAGUGGGUGGAGUACCUGAGAUUGCAAACUUCUACAAGGACAAGGUUGUUCUUGUAAUAAAGAAGAGGAAAGGAUUUAUAAAACUGGCUCUAGAGCAUGGCGCAGAUCUUGUUCCCUGUUUUUCUUUCGGUGAAACAGAUCUAUUCAGUCAGUUCACUCAUCUUAACUCUGCCAUUCAGGAUCGUUUGACUAAGUUUAUCGGGUUUUCUCCUGUAUUUUUCACUGGUCGUGGAUUUAAACAAAACCAAUUUGGAAUCCUACCUCACCGUAGAGAGAUCAACGUCGUUGUUGGCAAACCUAUCCGGGUCAAUAAGAUUGUUGAGCCCACUGUGCUAGAUGUAGAAUGUCUGCAAAAUGAAUAUAUCGCUUCUAUGUUACAACUUUAUCAGGAUCACAAAGAGGAGUACGGAUACGGGGAUAAAGAACUUGUGAUAGUUUAAUCUGUACAGUGUACAGUGUACACGGAUAGUGAUAGUUUAAUCUGUACAGUGUACAGUGCACACGAAUAGGGAUAGUUUAAUCUGUACAAUGUACAGUGCACACGGAUAGUGAUAUUUUAAUCUGUACAGUGUACAGUGUAAACGGAUACAUGCACAGUGUACACAAUGUACAUGGAUACAUGUACAACUGUACUGAUUAUAUCCUUAUUUCAUCCUACUGUUUGGCAAAAGAUCAUAAAGAGAAGUAUAGGAUAAACAAUUUUUAAUAGAUUAAUUUGUACAGUGAACACGGAUACAUGUACAGUUGUGUUACGAGUAUUCAGUGUACAGUGUACACGGAUUCAUGUACAGAUUUGUUACAAAUGAAGACAUACUAGCGUCACCAAUUCCUGUUCCUCUACAUAUAUUUAUAUUGUCCUAAGGGCUUUAUUGUGACUUUAAGACAGACCCUCUUGCCCAUAUUUAUUUAAUUUAUACAUUUUAUAUUUUUAUAUUUUACGUUUAUUUAUUUCAGA